AUGGAGGGUGACAUCGCUUCUGGGCACAGCCCCACUGCUGCCACAGAGAAGGAGUGGGUCAGACUGAGGAACAGUUGCAACGCAUCAAGCAUUGGCGGAGACGCCCUGCCCAAGAAGGAGAUCGUCCGCUUCCUGCAGGAGCAGGCGGUGCACAAGUUCCUGUCAGAGCACAAACUACUAGGACAGAUAAAAAAUGUGGCCAAGACAGCCAGUAAGGAGCAGCUGAUCACGGCAUAUAAUGCGCUCGUUGCAACCAAGAGAUUUAAGGGUACUGAGAGUCCAGAGCAUGUAGCAGAGCAAGUGAAAAACGUCAAGAUUGAUGAAGAGAAGCCCAGGGAGACAAAGCCUGAGGAAGCUGUGGAUGAGCCUCCCGCCCCCAAAUAUACAAAGUCAGUACUGAAGAAGGGCGAUAAAAUCAACUUUCCCAAAAAGGGCGAUGUCGUUCACUGUUGGUAUACAGGGAAGCUGCAAGAUGGAACAGUCUUCGACGGUAAUAUUCAGACCAGUUCAAAGAAAAAGAAAGCGGCAAAACCGCUGUGUGGGAAUACGCUCCAAUACGAUCUUGUGCUGCCCCCCGAACCUCCUACCAUCUCUCCAAAAUCUCACGACCUUCUGGAAUUGUUGGAGCAGGUUACUCCAACACCGCUGAGCGUUGGAAAAGUGAUACGAGGCUGGGACGAAGCUCUGCUGACCAUGAGCAAAGGGGAGAAGGGACACCUGGAAAUUGAACCAGAAUGGGCUUAUGGGAAGAAAGGGCAGCCGGAUGCCAAAAUUCCACCAAAUGCAAAACUUUUCUUUGAAGUGGAACUGGUGGAUAUUGAAUGA